AUGACAGCUUCGAGUGCGAAAAACGCUGAAAUCGCCAAAUAUUCGCGAUUUUCGAUCACAACGCUGUCUGUGGGAUUUCUCGCAUCUCUUUAUAGUUCGUUAUUAUUUUUAUUCGGGGAUUUUAAUUAUAUUUCUCAUUUAGAUCUGUACAUUGAUGUCAGAACCAGUGCCGAUGAAAACUACCUGCCAUUUUGCGACCUUUCCUCGGCCGUUUCUUGCUCGAAAGCCCUAAAUUCUCGCUAUUCCAAUGGCUUCGGAAUUGUCGAGUUCGUAUUGGGAGCGGAUCAUUUUUUGAAUCAGGUGAACCAUUUUUAAGAAAAUUGCCAACGCUUUGAAAUUACAAAUGUUUCUUCGAAGAUAAACUUGAAAAAGUUCAGAAAAACGCCUUCUACGGCGUUAUCGUCUACACCUUACUGGCUCUGGUCCAAACAAAAAAGUCGCAUUUGGCGGCUAUUUUUUCGGUGGUUUCCGGGUUCAUUCUCAACCUGAUGUCCUGCUUCAUGGCCUACCGUGAGUUUCGAGAAGAAUGGCGUAAAAAUUUUGAAAUUCUUUCUCGCUUUUGAAGCUGGAGUAUCUUCAAAAGAGAAAAAAGAAUGGGCCGAACCGGGGAUUGAACCCGGGACCUCUCGCACCCAAAGCGAGAAUCAUACCACUAGACCACUCGGCCGACGGAAAUAUAGACAAACAUUCGAAGGGAUAUUCUCUCUUUGGCGACAUUUCAUCACCUAAUUGGCGUAUCUACGCCGAAAUCGGACACAGAUCUCGUUUUCUGCAUCUCUCAUCUCAUCGGAAGAAUAUCUUUCCUUGGAAUGAUUGGACCGAAUUUCCGUCGGCCGAAUGGUCUAGUGGUAUGA